AUGGGUUCCAGCACUGAAGCUACUCUCGAGCUGAUGUCGACGGCUCACGAAGAGAGAGGGUCGCCUGGAUGUCAGGAUAGCGGGUGUGCCUCUCUGUACCUGGGGAGUAAGCAUGAGACUUCUCUUCGUGAGGUGGCUUCGGCGCUUGAUAGCGCGCCUGGGGACUCGUUGCUUUGGUACAAGAUCCGGGCGUGUGGGCGUGAUGCCUUUUCCGAGUUCUUCGGCACGAUGAUCUUGAUUCUCUUCGGUGAUGGGGUCGUCGCGCAGGUGCUGCUCAGUCAUGGGCAGAAGGGUGACUAUCAGUCAAUCUCGUGGGGCUGGGGACUGGGUGUCAUGCUGGGGGUGUAUGUGAGCGGUUCCUCGGGAGGCCAUAUCAACCCGGCAGUGACAUUCGCGAACUGCGUCUACCGCGGGUUUCCCUGGCGCCGGUUUCCAGUCUACAUGCUGGCGCAGCUCCUCGGUGCGAUGUGUGGUGCGGCCAUCGUCUACGGCAACUACAAAUCCGCCAUUGAUGUGUACGAAGGCGGAGCAGAUAUUCGCUCCGUCCCGGGGUAUUCAGCUACCGCAACGGCGGGCAUCUUCUGUACCUAUCCAGCGGACUUCAUGACGAAGACCGGUCAAUUUUUCUCGGAAUUCCUGGCGAGCGCUAUUCUGAUGUUUAUGAUCUUUGCGCUGAAGGAUGAUGGCAACCUGGGGGCUGGCCCUCUUACUCCCCUCGUACUCUUCUUCGUGAUCUUCGGAAUUGGCGCUUGCUUUGGCUGGGAGACGGGAUACGCAAUCAAUCCGGCAAGAGACUUUGGCCCGCGCCUCACGUCCUAUAUGCUGGGCUAUGGACACGAAGUUUGGGCAGCUGGCAAUUAUUAUUUUUGGGUACCAAUGGUUGCUCCCUUUCUGGGUUGUACAUUUGGCGGGUGGGUCUACGAUGUCUUUCUGUAUACUGGGCCGGACAGCCCGGUCAACACACCCUGGAUGGGAAUCAAACGGUUGUUCCAUCCCCUGAGCCGAAAGCAAGUAGUUUUUCCCAGCCCUGUUUGA